AAAAGGCUGGCUCAUAGCGAUAAACCCAGAGGAUUAUCAUCAUCCUCACAGUCCCCCUCAAUGCUACAAAGCUUUUUAGCUCAUUGUUUUGGUUCAGUCUUACUGCUCUUGUAGCUUUUUUUUUUGGCCACAGCAGGCAGUGGUUUUCCGUUUACAAACUCUAAAAAUCCGUCAUUAUGCUACCUACCCAGCAUCAACUGAAAACAGACUUAACAGCUAAUGUUAGCUGAUGGACAAAGUGGAGCAUUUAGCAGCUAAAGAGCCAGGUAUUUGCCUGGUUAAAGUUAAAAGGGAACAUCACUGCUGUGGUCACAGCUUGUUCACUGCCCCCAAGCAGCCAAAAAAUCAGUAAUUUUGUGUAAAAGUAGUAACAGAGUGAAAAUAUUCUGUUAAGUCCUGCAUUCAGAAGUUAACUUAUGUACAAGUACAGAAGUAUUAUUAUCAAAAUUCAGAAUAGCACCUUUCAAAGUGUUAUUUUAUAUCAUGUUAUUGGAUCAAUCUAUAAAAUCUACAUGUACAUGUACUGCAUCUACAUGUAUUGGAGUAACAAGUGCAAUUCUGCUCUCUGUAAUGUAGGAUAAGCAUAAGCUCUUCACCACCUUAUAAUACUGAGUGUUUGGUAUAUGCAUCCCCAAUAACCAUAUUGUCCUGAUUGUGAACAAGUAGGCCAACUGAAAUUUUAGAAGAAACAUUAGAAUCUAAAUAGAAUAUGAUAACCCCUCCAUUUGCAGUGAACUGAUUAUUCUCUUUGUACGCUUAAUUAAUUAUUCAUGCUUUACAAGCAUGUGUCAAGAUGAGCACCUGUCCAGCACCACCCUGACAUUGACCACAUCAGGCACUAACAAUGCGGCAGCAUGGCACAGCCAGCAUGCCCUGAGGCCACAUGUAUAAAGUCUGACUGAGCGUCUGGACGUCUUAGUUUCUAUUCAAGCACGUGUCACACAUGCACGAGGUCUUUGUCUCUAUUGUUUGAGGCUGAGCGCUGGCCCCUGGAUGCGGUUACAUGGACACUUUAUGGCAGAUCAUAAUCUCUGCAAUUUAGUUUUAGCUCUUUAUCUUGGUCAGGUGUUAAACAGUGAGCUAAGGAUACCUUAUGCUGCACUGUUUUGGUGUAUCAUUUCUCCAGCAGUGAUAGUGAUUGGCACAAUAACUCAGUAAAAACCACAACUGAAGCAGAUAUGUGAUGUAAACUCAGGCCCAGUAGGCACGUAGGCUAUAGCAGCAGGGAUGAUAUUCCUCAGGCUUUGCAGUGUGGCAACACUUAAACUGUUUUCUUUGGAGAAUAUUUCAAGGUUCAUUAAUGCUUUUUAGUCAUUGUUGAUGUGUGUUUACCAGUUACUAGGUGAGCACACCACUGUGAUGCGUCGAGGAGAAAAUGGAAUUUGGCUAUUUGAGAACCACUCUUAAAUUUUCCCUUUUUUGUGUGGAGGAUUUCACAGGCUUAGAUAAAUGCCUGUGCUUGACUUGAAUUUUCUCAAAUGCAACACACAGCCCGAGCAGUACUCCAGCCCUCCGCCUGUUUGAUGAUGAUCACCAAUAAUAAUGUAAUUUCACGUCACUUGUCAAAGAAUAACUCUUGUGCUGUUCAUACAGAGGUGGAGAGCAGUAAGGAGGCAGUGAGGCUGAACUGCCUGGCAAACUGUAACAGAUACAAAGGUUGUAAUCAUGGAUGUUAUUAUUUUAUGCCUGUUCAGCCAUGUUAACAGCUUGGCUCUGUGGCAAUGUCAGCACACCACUUUGGCCUAGACUGAAAUAUCUCAGCAGCUAUUAGAUGGAUUUCCAUUAGGCCUUACGUUCAUUAGCGUUAGCAUUAGCAUUUUUGACUUUUAGUGAAAUAUCUCAACAACCUUUGGACCCAUUCCAAUGAAAUAUGGCAUAGACAUUCAUGCCCCAUAAUCAAGCAUUAUCAUGCUAAGAUGGUGAAAAUGAUAAACAUUAUAUAUGUAUAGCAUAUUACCGUUGUCAUUGUCAGCAUGUUCACACACUGAUGUUAGCAUUUAGCUCAAAGCACUGCUGUGCCUAAGUACAGCCUCACAGAACAGCUAGCAUAAAAAAUCUUUGCCAUCAAAGCGAAGUAAUACCUAAAAAAAAAUAUGCACAUACUCCAAUCUGUGUUUGAAGAAUAUCUAAAUGUGUUCUUUCAGCCAUCUUUUUCAGCUAUGGUUUAAGAAAAUAGCUGUCCAUCUGCUAUAUUUAUAUUGAAAACAAGGUAAAAAGUAUAGGAAUAACGCAUGUAGUUUUCACUUAAGUUACUAAAGUUUCCUCUGUCUGUUUCAUUCAGAAUUUACAGGUUUCAUCUUCUGGUUUUAUUUUUAAAGCCGUCAACAGGAACUUAUUUGGGCACUGUCUCUACACAGUUCUCCUUUUUCUGCUCUGAACACAGAUUGUGAAUGGUAGCUGGAUUUCUCUUUGUCUGCUAAACUUGCAGGAAUACUUCCCUAUGACAUGACUGUGUUAGGGAAGAUGUUUCUCCUGUAAUGUCAAAACCGAGACUCUUUAACAAGCCUGAUUGCCCCUCAUCUGUUCUAAUCCUAUAUAACCUAAUCUAACAGCAAAAUCUCAUGGGUGCUUCAGGGGUGGCAGCCAACUUGCACAGCUAUCCUUUGGUUACAUAAUGAGGUUUCAAAUAGGAAAUGAUUCUCUUUUGCUCUCAGGCCUGGUGACCAUGGUGAAGUCUGCUUUUGUAAAUAGCAAACAAGAACUGAAGGCAAAUGUCUGCUGCAUGACUUAGAUUUUUCCUCUCAUGUAAAAAAAUUUGGUAAAUCAGAUAAAGGAGCACAGAACUGAAAAUGUAUCUGCAUAUUUCUUCAUAAAAAGAAAAUCCACCAUAAUUCAAAGGACUUAAAUCCAAAACUAAACACUAACUAUAGUCAUUUAAGAAGGUUUGUCUCUGAUCUGCUUUGAUUAGUGACCUGUCACCUGAAGUCUAAAAUGCUUUACUUAUAUCUAGGUUAUGGCAGUGAAUUCUGGCAAGUACCUCUUAGCUUUAGGUGUUAACACAUUGGUCUGUGAAUAUACUGCCGUGAUUUCAGUGGAAUUUGUAGUAUGAGCGGCCGUUUCGAGGAAGAAGUCUUAUCUUUCCCAUGUGAGUUCAUAAAAUUUCCUCUCAGGAGGGAGAAGGGGAGUCUGGUCAACACAAAGUUUUCCCUCUCUCUUCACGUGUUCAGUUGUCCCCCCGAGAUUCUUGGCAGCCCGAGCGUAAUAAAUAGAACAUCUGCUGGGUUUUCUAGGAAAAGGGAUGUCGAACAGUCAAACUGCUAUAAGUGAACAGCAGAGAAAAAGGGCAGCACAAAUUUGGUCUGGUUUGGUUUGGACUGGAAUGGAGAUUGGGGUUGAUUCACUUUCAUUUUGGUCGAUUCAAAAUGGCAAGUGACACUGCUGUUUAGCAGCUAAUGAUAUGUAUUCAAUCUCAGUUAUUUUUCAGGUUAUUUAUAUUUACUAUAAAGUGAACUUGAAACAGAGGGGAGCUUGCAGCAGGUUGUACUUGUUGGUUCUCACAGGCAGUGAGCAGACGUCCCUUGGUAAUUGUGGUAAUCACAUGUAUAUCACCUCAGUGUGACCUGAUGCUCCAGCCUUGUCUUCAUGGUUCUGUCGUUACCCUUCAGUUAGCGCCUUAUCUCAGCUCCUUAUCAUCAAACACAGGAUCCAGGGAGGAUCAGCCAUCAUCUCAGAAGCCAGACUGCUCAGGUUACUGGUGAAAUGGCUUUACUGACGGGCCCGGGUAGCUGUCUGUCUGUCAGUUUGUGAGCGUCCUGCCUCAAAGCGAGCUCCUGCUCUGACAUGCACACCACCAUGUUUGUGCGCCUCCACGCCGGUGGCCCCUCCACUGGUCACAGCUAGUAUGAGUGUUAUUCAUGGUAUGAUAUGUUUUCGUUUUGGCCAUGCAGUGCUUUGCAUCAGCAGCAGAAUAUCACUCACAAACCAAAAGUGAAAAUUAACACUUGUUGUGACUUGUUGAAGUAAAAAACUAAUCUAAACAUUAUCAGAUAGUAUCAUAAUAAAUCCUCAUCUUCACAUGGCAUCCCUCAAAUUAAAAUUCUCCUUCUCCUCUCCCUCAGUGUGCAGGAAUGAAUGGAAUUGCACCUUGAGGGUAACCACUGCCUCACCGUUCCAGCUCUCAGCCAGCGAUAAGCUCACAACAACCUGCUAACUGCUGCAGACACACAUUUCAGCUGUGCUUGUGUAUGCAUGCCAAUCAGCUGCUACAUCAGUGCUCCAGUUAAUGAUUUGUACAGUAGGAGAAAAACCUGUGACAGUGAGAGAGCUCAUAGCGAAACUGGCCUAGAUGGAAAAAAAAAAGAACAAUUUUUUCACUUCUCCUUCACCCUGCCCUGUCUAAGAGACCUGACCCAGGUUCGUUAGCUCUGUAAUAUGGGCUGGGCACCUUGAGAAGUGAGCGAUCCAUUGUCAAACCUCUUUGACCUGCUCUCUCCUUCAGCCUCUCCUAUUUCCGCACAAAGACUCUCUAAUGCCAGGUAGCUGGCGCUGGCAUUCCUGUUACAUUCCACCAUGGGGAAGUUGCUGGGAUCAGGAUGAAAAAUGCCUGAAACAAAGGCCUACUCUCAUUCACAGGGUUUAGGGUUCUGUGGGAAAGUCCAGGCUGGACAGAGGUUGGAUGGCAGAGGAAUGCGAAGCGGGGCAUUGCUCACACAGUGUCUAUGACACAGACCCAAAGACACAUUGACAAGGUGGGGGUCUUCUUACAGAGAGGAGUCAGUCUCCAUGAAAGAGGAUGAUAGGGCUCUGGAUAAGUGGAGUAAAUCCUUUAUUUGUCAUGUUUACAGACAGUUAAGUGAUCCAUUCUGAAGACUUGAUGGGAUGUCUUGGUGGGGUGCAUUUUGGGUGUUAUUUACCUUUAUUUGUAAGUGAUAGCAGAGUGAGAUGACAUGCAGUGAAGCAAAGCAAUGGUUUCUAACCUUAUGGCUUGUGGAUGCGUAAAGCAAAAGUUUGACAUGUUGGGAAAACGUUGAUGGCACUCUCGGAUAAAUAAUAUAGACCCACAGCCGAUUACAUGUAAUUACGUGGUCAGUGUCUUAAACUUCUACACUGAAAAUAAAUGACAGCUUUUCUUACUGUUCAUUCAACAUGACUUUUUACACUAAUAUUUUUUUUCAUUUGUGAAGGUAUAAAGUCUAUUCCUUUACCUCCUCAUGCUGAGGUUAAGUGCCUGACCUCGCUUCACCAUCCCUCCCCUGAGCCAUAUCUGAACCACAGCUCGUGGAGAUUUAGAGAGGAAUUUACUGCCAAAGCUUUCACUCUCCCACAACAAAUACCAACAAGAUAUUCUUGAUAAUGUAUCUUCAGCUAUGGGGAAGAGAAAGGCAGUGAGAUAAAUUGCCACCAUGAGGUCUGCGUCUGUGGUUUUGGCUCAACAACGUCAGAUUACGAGCAGAUUCAGUAAUUUGGCGGCAAGAGAGCGGAGAGAGUCUCCGGUUUUAAAUUCCUGGGGGGCGCACAUCAGCGAGGACUCCACUGUCAUCACGAAGGUGUGUGAAGAGGAGAAGAGUAACGAAGACGUCUUCCCUUUAGCCAUUAAUUAUUUGGACAGAUUUUUAGCAGUGAUGCCCACUAGAAAGAGUUAUUUGCAGCUUCUUGGAGCCGUGUGCAUGUUCCUAGCCUCCAAGUUAAAGGACAGCAGGCCGCUAUCAGCAGAAAAACUUUGCAUGUACACAGACAACUCCAUCACACCACGGGAACUGCUGGACUGGGAACUGGUGGUGCUGGGGAAAUUGAAGUGGAACAUGGCCUCGGUCAUCCCUAAUGAUUUUAUAGACCACAUCAUACGUAGGCUGCCCCUUCCCAAAGACAAACUGGCGAUGGUCCGCAAACACACGCUGACAUUCAUCGCCCUCUGUGCCACAGACGACCGCCUUGCCAUGAACCCUCCUUCCAUGAUCGCCACGGGCAGCAUGGGAGCUGCUAUCUGUGGCCUGCAGUUGGACCACGCUGACCAGAGGCUGACUCGAGACAACCUGACAGACCUGCUGGCCAAGAUCACCAACACAGAGGUGGAUUGUUUGAGGGCGUGCCAGGAGCAAAUCGAGCGUGUGCUGGCCACCAGCCUGCAGCAGGGCCAGCAGUACCGGCAGGAGACUGGGGUCAGAGCAGGCAACAAGGCGAGGGAGCAGCAAGACCAGUCCAGCACCCCCACAGACGUGCGCGAUGUCAACUUGUGAGCUCCUGCCGCUGCCCGACUUGCACGCCGCUCACGCCUCCUCUACCAAAUGAACUAACCGCAGUGAGCGAGCGAGGAGGGCACGAGCUGCUGGUAAUCUAUGUCAAGUCACUGCACGAGUGAUGGUGUGACAAUCUAUGAACUUUUAGAAAUUAAGAAAUUUCUAGUUUUUCUCCUUUUUUUUGCCCCAUUCAUACCCGGCUGGGUGUACUUUCACCUUUUUGUAUGGGCCACAUGUAAUCAAACAAGCUAUUUAAAGAAAAAAAGGUAAAUUCUUGAAAACUUGAUAGUGCCUUAGGUUUCCCCAGAACGGAAACCUGAAUAUAUUUUCAUACUUGAAAAAAAAAAACAUAAUUAUAUGAAAUAUACAUAUUUCUUUUGAUACAAUCUAGCAAAAAAAAAAUGAUAAUGUAUAUUUAGCUAGCAUUUAGUUAUGUUACUCUUUUAUCAUCUUUAGCAAACAGUUAUCAAUUCACAGUUUUAUCGUGGUUGAAAAUCCAUGUAGUAGUGAUUGAAAUGCUGAUAAUACAGUACAUGGCAUUUAAAUUGAUAUCCAGCCAGAGAGGAGUGCUACUGUAGCUAGCUGCUCUCUCUCUCUAUCAUACUGUGUGCACCUGUAGCACUGCUUACUAUUUAUGCUGAGAAGUGCUGGCCAGGAGUGGGCUGGGCCUGCUCACAGAGAAAGGACAUGAGGGGAUGGGAGUUUGAGGUCUGGAGCAAUGGCUGAUAUCGAUCUGAAAGUACAGUACGUUAACAGGACUGUGCACACAUGUAUUUGAAUUCAGCAAGGCUACAUUUAAGUGUUCUGAUUUAUGCUCCUACACGUUAGAGAGCAGUUAGAAGUGUUUAAUAGUUAGUUAAAUAGAGGAUUUUUAGCCUCAGUCAAGUAGUAGUGAUGUCACGUUACUAGUAUAAAAAAGGAGAUUUGGCAAGUUUUUACAGGUUUGAGAGGAAAGGAGUGAAGAUGGAGGGUUUCUUGUGAGGUUUUAUGGAAAGGAUAAGCAUGUGGAGAGUGGGAAUGAAUGACAGUGAAACAGGGAGGAAGUUAACUUAAGCUAUAUGACGUUUCUUGCGGUCGCACGAUACUUGAGUGACACAGACGGAGGAAAAAAUAAAUCCCUGAUGAUGUUGGGGGGGGGGGUUAGUUUGGGUUGUGCUGCAGUUUCUCCUGUUCAGUUUUUACCAUUUAAAUUUUUGGAGAGAGGGGGGCAACUUACAACAAUAUUGAUGCACUUUUAAAAUACACACUCCUUAAGAUUGGUAAGGGGAUGGUGGUUGAGGAGAGUUCAGUGGGUUGUUAGGGUCAUAAUUUUUUUUUUUUUUUAGUUUUUAUUUUAGUUUUUCUUUAAGUUAUUUGAUUUUUUUCUGGGCUGGAUUCCCACGGGGUAACGCACGUUGUCUUGAAAGCUACGCCUCGACAGGUGAGUAGACGUAAAAUAAUUGGUGUUAUAGUAUAACAGUAUAGAAACUACGGAAAGCCAAGUCACAUGUAGACUUUGAUUUUUUUAUUUUUUUUUGAUUCAGUGCGUUUAUUUACUUGAAUAUUUGUUAAUUCAUAGCCAAAACCUUCCAAUAGUCUUUGAAAAGAGUUACACAAAUACUGUGUCCAAAAUAUUCUUGUUAGUGUUGUGGUCUUUUUUUUGUUUUAAUGUAAAUUGCUCUCUGAACUGAAAUUUUAAAACUGCCAUUUUUGUGACUUUUCUUCAUUAUAGACAUGGGCAGGAAGGGGUUUACAUAGUGUAAAAGUUUGUAUAUAACCAUUUUCCCCUGGAGCAGAAAUGCCACAAAUCCUCAUUACAUUUUAGAACAGAAAUAGUUUCUAAAUUGUAUUCAUGCAUGUUCUGUUAUGCAAAAGCCCAAAGUUUUUUUUUCCUAAAAAAAAAAGUGCUUUAAACAGACAAAAUGUUUAUGCUUUUAAAGGUUUUGUGUAUAAUUUGUAAGACCUAAUUCCAAAGUGAGUAAAAUAGAUUAUACACAUGAUUCUCUUGCUGCUAUGAAGCUUUUCCUUUCUAGUCUUACACAAAGAUGCCUUAUUUGUGAUUCACUUGUGUGCUGCUAUAUUAUGAAUUUUGUAUAUGUAACAAGUCUUCUUUGCUUUUCUGUUGUAUGUGUACUGGAGGGAACGUAACACAGUUUGGUGCGGGACUGGAAGUACUCGUGUUUGCCGAUCUUUUUUUGAUUAGCAUGUUUUAUUCUUUUUAUUGUUUCAUUUGUAUCUUUAUAUUCUAUCAUAUUCUUGCUGCUUCUGUGUAAUGUUUGUGUACCUCAGGUUAAUUUGGACGGAUAGAGCGAGAGCCCAUCUCAUCAUUACCUCAUCACACUUCACAUCACACAUUCACUCUGAAUUUGUUGGACGGGUUUCACUUUUUUUCUGUCUGGAUGAGAGGAAGUAUGGUGCUUCUUCUCUUUAAUUAAAAAAAAAAAAAAAAAAAAAUCAACCCCCAGAUUCCACCAAGCAGUCAAAAGUGCCUAUACUUUAAAAUAGGUUAUUUCAUACAUCUGGUGCUAAGUCAGAAACAGCUUAUACUGUAUGCUACGCAUGUAUUGGAAAGACAAAAAAGUUUUUUCUUUCCUUCUUGUUUCAUUGGCUUGUUUAGAUCAGUUUGUUGGAAUAAAGCAAAAUAUUGUUUAUUUGUGAGGUACCCUUUUAGUCAAAGUUUAAACCACGAGAAUGUUUUAUCGUUGUUCAGUGUGGUUGUUAUUCCAAGCUCCUCUUCCACUGUCCCCAUCUGCAACCACACAGUGUACCUCAACAAUUUCUCCUCAAUAAAUUGGCUAAAAUCA